AACCUGGGAGCCACGCUGAGCCAACGUCUCUGCUGAGCUGGAUUAGCUCGGUCGUACAGCACUUUUCAACCAUAAAGUCCAUUAAGGAAUAGACAGUUACAUGUCUCGCCUCUUUAUUUGCCUUUCAAAUUAGAUGACUUAAUACAUACUAAUUUUAUAUUAAUAUAGGAAAUAGAAGAAUUCAGAGAAUGAGGAUUGCAGAAAUAGUAGAUAAAGCGGACAGGCAGAGGGACCCAGCAGAGACCAGCAAAGGCUGUAAGUCAUCACAUUCCAUGGAAACAUCCAGAUGAAAAAGCCCUUUGACAAUAUUCCUAAACAACCACUGGGACUACUGAACUCAGAAACACAGCAAGAAAUUAUAUUUGAAACAUGUCUCAGAGUGACUUCCUCUACCCAGAGAAUCCACGGAGAAGGCAGGAAGUAAACCGUCUUCACCAGCAGCUUCUUGAUUGUUUAUCUGAUAGCUUCCAUGCUACUAAUAAGCUGAUUGAGGUCUUAAACAUGCACUUGGGGUGCAACUUGGCUUCCAUCGAGAUGAAAAGAGAUGGGACCAUCAAAGAAAACUGUGAUAUCAUCAUCCAAGCCAUGAUGAAAAUCCAAACUUACCUGCAAAAGGUUGAUGAAGCACUAAAAGAUAAGCUAGAGCCAACCCUCUACAGAAAACUUCAGGAUAUUAAAGAAAGGGAAACAGACAAAAUUGCAAUAGUACAAAAGGUCAUUUCAGUCAUCCUGGGAGAAGCUACUUCCGCAGCCAGUGCAGUAGCUGUUAAACUUGUGGGCUCAAACGUCACAACUGGUAUCAUUAACAAGCUGGUCACUGUGUUAGCUCAAAUUGGUGCUUCUCUCCUUGGUAGUAUAGGGGUUGCCGUUCUUGGCCUUGGCAUAGAUAUGAUCUUCCGUGCCAUCCUGGGAGCAGUGGAGAAAACGCAGCUUGAAGCAGCCAUUAAAAGUUAUGAGAAGCAUCUUGUGGAAUUCAAGUCAGCUUCAGAAAAGUAUCAUCAUGCCAUUACUGAGGUCACCAACACAGUGAAACACCAAAUGAAAUGAACAGCCACGGUGCCACUGGAAUAUUUUUCUGUGUGUCAAUAAUAGUGUUUUGCUUCUUGGAUUAAGUUCAUUUUCCGUUAAGUUUCCAACAUGGACAGAAAUAUAGUUAAUAAGUUGGCAAGGUGGUUUAAGAGAUGCUAAAACUAGAAGACUCCAGAGUUUUCUAUCAGCUGGGUCUAGACCCUGUGAGGCAAAAGAUAUAUCCCCAGGAUACCUUCUUACUCUGCUCUACCAGAUCAACAUUACAUUAAAUGCAAUUGGAGAAGAGCAAGUCUAGGUGUUACUUCUUCCUUUUCUUUUCCCCAAAAUUGUUAAAAUUUACUCUGAGUAAAGAAUAACUUUCAUUCCUACCACUAGCUUCACACAUCAUUUAGUUCUAAGGGGAUGCACUUGGUAACUUCUGCCUAGACACAAACUGUGGGCCUUUGAAUUAAAUGGAAAUUCUAAUUUUGACCUUGAGCUUAAGCUCAAUUUUCAAUAAACUAGAAGAGACUGAA